UAUUAAGAUAUCGCGAAUCAAUGAAGAAACUGACAAUUCCGAACACCUCUGUUUUCUAUUUUCGGAAGGAAAUGAGUAUCAUAUUGCAUGGAAUAUUUUCCACAUGUUGAGUCCCUUAAAGAGUAGAGCGGUUUGUCAUAGUUUGACACAUGUCAAAAUAAAAUAAAAUUGUUUUCAUAGAACAGACGUCAACUCAAUUUAGCACAAAAUAGGAAGGCAAUAAAAUCUAUUCUCUGUUUUUUCGUGAUGCAUUAAUAAAUCUCAAACAGUACUGUGAUCUCUAGCUUGUUUACCACAUUCUUGAUAAUUGAUAAACUACUGUUUUGCCGAAUCGAUGCAAACAUCUACUCCUUGCUAACAUUCCUAUAUCAGUUUGAUUAGUACCGUACUUUUUCAACAAUAUGAACGAAACGCUUGCUGCACAUCAAAAUCAAAAUGUCCAACAAAUGUGAAAUGCAUUUGGUGUGUGUUAAAAGAGGUGUUAAUGCAAUGUGAAAUACAUAUGAUGUAUAAUUCAAACUUUACACCCGUGUGCAACACAGCUUAUGUUUGUAUUGCAGCUCACUAUACAUCGUGCUCUGGUUUUGAUGUAUUAUUCACCACUAUUAAUGUACGUUAAUUAUUCAAUGUUAAUUACGCUAAGCCUUUAAAAACAACACUGCAAACACAUGCUCCUGCAGCUAGAAAACAUCAAUUUCAACCGAUGAAGCGUAUAAGACAUUCAGUUCAAGAUGUGUCUUCGACAGAUACAGACAAUUUUCCAAGUACUGCUUCGCCGUUUUAUUACAUUUAACGAUCAAUCUGAUUACUUCGAUCUGUAUAAAAUACUGGCAACCGUUUCUGCCAUUCAUUACGACGCAAUUUGCUGGAUCGAUCAGACACUCUGGAUCGUAUAUCGAUUUCUGCCGAUUUUGGUAAACGUAUCCUACUUUUAUAAAGCCUACCGGCUCAUUCUACUCCCGGAAGACAACACAUCGGCAGCCGUAGUUAUUGCGUCGGUAUGGGGCUUCACGGAAGGUACGCUUCGCAUCGGCAUCAUCGAAUUGUGCUAUGGUACACUGUCGAAGAUUAUGUCGUUUCUGAACGAACGUUCCUACCGCUGCCAAGACGCUCUGGUACGUCAGCAACGAGCGGCCUUGUUCGUUCGAAACAAUCGCAUUCAGUUUACACUCGUUGCCACAAUGCUAAUAGUAGCGGCGUGGUUCAUGACUACGCAGCUUUUCAGCAGAGAUGCUUUUAUGCUGCAAAUAAACGGUCAAGUAGUGGACAGCGCCGCUGUACAAAUUCUCUACGGCUUGUUGUGCAACGUUUGGGGCUUGAUCUACGUACUUUCGUUUGCAAUUUUCUACAUCAUUAUGAACACCUUGCAACUGGAGAUGAUGAUACUGUUGGAUGGUAUUGCCAGCGUACAGUUUACGGUUAUGAAUCGAGCAAAACAUCAACUCGAAAUCCUUGAACCAUCUGGACAUUCCUCGCAAAUGCAACAGCACGUCUUUUGGGGUAUGUUACAAUCGGAACUAAACAAAAACAUCUCACGGCAUGUUAAUCUUCUUGAUAUUCUCAAGGAGUUUAGCUCGAUAGUUGGCCCAUUUUCCUUUGUCCAGUAUUAUGGCACAUUUGCGCUCAUCGCAGACUGCGGUUUCAUCCUUUCAAUGGAAGGACUGUCAACAAAUGGUAUGAUCUAUCUAAUAUUUGUAACCGUACUAAUAUUUCAAUCGUUCAUCAUUUGUCGUGGAAUUGAGAAGAUAAACGAUCUGAACGAAGCGAUUGGUCACGAAUUGUACGCGGGUUUUAAUUGGCCUGAAUUAUUACAGUAUGAUGAACGUUUUCGCUAUCAGCAUGCGGCGGCUCGACACUCAUUGAUGCUUGUCAUAGGUCGAUCGCAAAAAGGGUUUCAGUGCUCCUACGGAGGCCUGGGAGGAAUUUCCAUGGAACGUUUCGCCCAGCUGAUGCAGAAAAGUUACUCCCUGUUGACGUUACUGCUUCAAUUUACCAAGUGAAAGUGAUGCAUACACCACAAUCAAACAAUAAACUUCUUCUUCUUCUUCUUUUGUGGCUUUACACAACCUCUAGAGGCCCGUCAUUUCUGGCUUUCUUUAGAGGGAUAGUAGUCUAAAUCCUGCGUACGGGAGUACGGUCCGAAUGGGAAUCCAAACCGACGAUUAUUUCAAUUAUUUUUGUUAUUUCAUUUCUAAUCAACGUACACCAGCGUCUUUGAAAGCUUUACACUACAAACAAAGUG